AUGCUUAGCAAACUGCCGUUGUCGUUGUUUGACAUCACCCUCAACUCGACACACGGCGACGUCGUCGUCGUCUACGGCAACGACCACGAGUGCGAUCUCGUCGCCGUCUCGGGCACGGUCAAGCUCGCGGUCACCGGCGACCAGUUGGUGGUGAAACGGCUCCGCCUCUGGCUCACGGGCGAGCUCAACAUCGACUACCCGAAACCGGUGUCGGAAAUGGUCACCGAUCAGGUGCAAGACCGCUUUUGUGUGCUACGGGUCGAGUGGGGGAACUUGUUGAACGAGUCCCGGGGCGAGAUCCAGUUUGGCAAUUACGGCGGCGACACCCACGUCAAGUACAGCCGGGUGGAGGCGAUGAUCAAGCGCCAAUUGGCCCACGAAGCGCAGCCACCGCGCCCGCUGGGUCCGGUGCGCCAACUACUGCUGUCGCCGGUGGGGUGUGAUGGCACCCCGUUCCAGCAGGCGCAGGCGUCGCAGUACGUGUUGAAAAAGGGCAACUACCUGAUCCCGUUCAAGUGUACUUUACCCACACUGUUUGCCGAAACUGUGGAUGGCGUUCCCUAUGGCGGGAUCCAUCAUAAGCUUGUGUGCGGCAUUGAGCGGCCAGGCAUCCUUGAACGGCCCAUAUACCGCAGUCGUCCCGUGCGGCUAGUGCGGGCGAUCCAUCCGCAUCUGAUGCACUUGAUCGACGCCAUCGAUGUUGACAAUAAUUGGCCGGGAAAGAUCUCUUAUAAUGUUAAGCUUCAGUCGCGAGGCGUACCCAUUGGCGGACGGAUCCCGAUUGAGUGGGUGUUUAUCCCGGUGACGAAGACCGUCGACCUCCACAUGAUUAAAGCCCAUAUCGUCCAACAAUCGCAAAUCCAUGUUAAGCCUCAUACUUUACUCAGCCAGACGCUGGAGAAGAUCGUGGCUAAGCAACACAUUAAUUAUACUCGCGUGGCCAACGGCGAUAUCCCUGUCGACUACGAGACUCAGCCCAGCAACGGGCGCGGCGAGCCGUUCCGGGUGACCCUGGUAUUUGAAGUGCCGAGCAACAUUGGCGAGUUAAACCCGUCGUGCGACGUGGCGCGAGGCCUAAUCAGAGUGAGACACCGGCUUGUGCUUCAGAUCAUCUUAAAGAACCAAGAGGGCCAUCUCAGUGAGCUCCGCGCCAACCUCCCGAUCUGGGUAUACAUUCUGCCCAAUUUCCCCGUUACCGGGCCGGUGUUCCACAUUAAUGAAAUGAACAAGUGGAGACCCGAACGCACGCGCCACGACGACGUCAUCUUCCGGCGCCGCAGCCCGCUGGCAGAGGUGGCGCCCACCGACAUCGACGACCGUCGCUUCCUGCCACCGCCAGUGUACCACAAGCACUACGAAGACCAGCCGUGCCACGACCCGUCGAUCCUGCCUAAUGAACCCACCAUCAGCGGCUAUUUCGAUAUCCCUAUCCCGACACGCACCGGCGGCAAGACGCCUAAUGAGGUGCCUACCUACCUCGAAGCCAUCGGCACCGACGCCGAGGUGUUGAUGGUGGACCCAGCGCCGGUUUACGAGGGCACGGUGGCGUCAGCGCUGCCGACACCGCCGGAAGCGCACCCCAUCCGCACCCCAUCACCGGUGGCCCCGGUGGCGGUGCCGGCGGCGUCGCCGAAACCGUUGGCGAAACUGAUCAUGCACAACUUACUAAAGCCGUCUCAACCCAAGCGGUAA